CUUCCUCUUCUCAGUUCUUCCCCACCCCCUCCCGAACCGUCUCGCACCGUAGUAAUCAUGGCCGUCAGCCGCCUCGCCUCCUCCUCCUCCUCCCUCUCCAAGCUCCUCCUCCGCCCUCUCCCCGCCCCGCCCUUCUCCCGCUCCUUCUCCGCCAUCGCCUCCGACGACGACGGGACGGUCCUCACCAUCGAGACGAGCGUCCCCUUCACCGGCCACAAGAUCGAUCCCCCCUCCCGUUCCGUCGACACCACCAGGAACGAGCUCCUCUCGUUCUUCCACGACAUGUCCGUGAUGCGCCGCAUGGAGAUCGCCGCCGACUCCCUCUACAAGGCCAAGCUCAUCCGCGGCUUCUGCCACCUCUACGACGGCCAGGAGGCCGUCGCCAUCGGUAUGGAGGCUGCUAUCACCAAGCGCGACUCUAUCAUCACCGCCUACCGGGACCACUGCACCUUCCUUGGCCGCGGCGGCACCCUCGUCGAGGUCUUCUCCGAGCUCAUGGGGCGCCGCUCCGGCUGCUCCAAGGGCAAGGGCGGCUCCAUGCACUUCUACAAGAAGGAGGCCGGCUUCUACGGCGGCCACGGCAUCGUCGGUGCCCAGAUUCCUCUCGGCUGCGGCCUGGCCUUUGCCCAGAAGUACUCCAAGGACGAGACCGUAACCUUUGCCCUCUAUGGCGAUGGGGCUGCAAACCAGGGGCAGCUCUUCGAGGCCCUCAACAUGUCCGCGCUGUGGGAUUUGCCAGUUAUCUUGGUGUGCGAGAACAAUCAUUAUGGAAUGGGGACUGCCGAAUGGAGGGCGUCGAAGAGCCCUGCGUAUUACAAGCGUGGUGACUAUGUUCCUGGUCUGAAGGUUGAUGGAAUGGAUGUUCUCGCUGUGAAGCAGGCAUGCAAAUUUGCCAAGGAACACGCUCUGAAGAAUGGACCCAUUAUUCUUGAAAUGGAUACCUACAGGUACCAUGGGCAUUCUAUGUCUGAUCCUGGGAGCACCUACCGUACUCGCGAUGAGAUCAGUGGCGUAAGACAGGAGCGUGAUCCAAUAGAAAGGGUCAGAAAGUUGAUUUUAACCUAUGAGAUAUCAUCUGCCUCUGAACUUAAGGACAUUGAGAAAGGAAUCAGAAAAGAAGUAGAUGAAGCCAUCAGACAAGCGAAGGAAAGCCCGAUGCCUGAUCCAUCUGAGCUCUUUACAAAUGUUUACGUAAAAGGUUUUGGUGUUGAGGCGUUUGGUGCAGAUAGGAAGGAGGUGAAAGCUGUUCUUCCAUGAAGCACUGUAAGAACAUUCAUUGAACACUCUGUACUUCUGCGAGGAGAUGACUCACUGAUGUUCAGAAAAAAGAUAAAGGUGAAUGGUUUAGAUCUGUUAAAUCUGUGUUCUGCACCAUUCAAAUUUCUAUAGAAAAACUCCUCUUUAAAUGUGCCGGCUCUGUUUUGUAUAUCAAUAAGACCACUAAAUUUUGUUUGUUAGAGGCCAUCACUACCAAAGACAUGGACCACAUGGUGUGCUCUAAUUUAUGGUGAUAAAAAUUGGCAGCAUUGUAUAAUUCUUACAUUUUCGAGGCAUGCCUGAAAAUUUUUAUUCGGCAGAGACUGAUCCAUGCUUUUGGAGAUGUCUCUGAA